AUGUCUCAAAGAAACAUAUUCUCUUGGACUGUCAUGAUUGUUGGCUCAACAGAGAAUGGCUUUUUCUUGGAUGGGUUUAAGUAUUUUUAUCAAAUGCUUAAUUUUGGAGUCUUACCUGAUACUUUUGCGUAUUCUGCAAUUAUGCAGACAUCUGUUGGUUUAAAAUGUAUUGAAUUGGGUAGAAUGGUGCAUGCCCAGAUUGUUAUAAGAGGCUUCCAUUCUCAUACUUUUGUUGCUACAUCUCUUCUUAACAUGUAUGCAAAGUUGGGGAGUAUUGAGGACUCGUAUAAGGUUUUCGAUAUCAUGACAGAACAUAAUGAAGUUUCUUGGAAUGCAAUUAUUUCGGGUUUUACAUUAAAUGGACUGCAUUUGGAAUCAUUUGAUCAUUUCCUUCAAAUGAAGAAUGAAGGAAUCAGGCCGAAUAUAUAUACAAUAAUUAGUGUUUCAAAAGCCGUAGGGCAGUUAGGUGAUACUGACAAAGGGAAAGAAGUUCAGUCUGUUUCCUUCGAGUUGGGUAUGGAGUCUGAUGUGCAGGUGGGGACAGCUCUCAUUGAUAUGUACUCGAAAUGUGGAUCUCCACAUGAAGCAAGAGCUGUUUUUGACUCGAAUUUUAUUAAUUUUGGGGUGAACAUGCCAUGGAAUGCCAUGAUUUCCGGUUAUUCACAAAAUGGUUGUAGCCAAGAAGCUUUGGAACUCUAUGAAGUUCAUGGGAUGGUUUUGAAGUCUGGUCAUGAUAUGAUGGUUAUUAGUGUUUGUAAUACAAUUGCUGAUGCAUAUGCCAAAUGUGGAGCUCUUGAAUACGUAAAAAAGAUUUUUUACAGGAUGGAGGACAGAGAUAUGGUCUCAUGGACAACCCCAGUGACUGCUCACUCUCAAUGCUUGGUGUGGGAGGAAGCACUGGCUAUUUUUCACAGAUGA